AUUUUUUAAAAGGACUACUUAUAGUCGUUGGGGUAAACAACAAAACUAUGUACAAACAAUACAAGCUUUCUCAAGACCUUAGAGUUCGUCGAGUUUCAAGUCGAGCUCCUGCUUUUUCCACAAAAUCUGUGCAGUGUGGCGCUAAAGGUGUGACAAAAUUAGAAGACUAUGUGGGGAAAUAUUUGGUUGUUAUAUUUUACCCUUCAAACUUCUUGGAACUUUCGUCACAAGAACUACUAAAUUUUAAUAACUAUUUAUCAGAGUUUCAAGAAAUCAACUGCGAAAUUAUAGCUAUCUCUCCGGAUUCUCUAGAAUCCCAUGCAGCAUGGUUCUGUGCGCCAAAUAAUCACAAUGGACUUGAUGAAAAUGUCCACUUUCCUUUACUGGAAGAUAAGAAUAUGACGAUAUGCAAGGCAUAUGGAGUCUCUAAUGAAGAUAAUGGAAGCGCUUUAAUGAGCAUGUUCGUAAUCGACACAAACGGAUUGAUACGUAUUACUAUUUGUUUAGAUAAAGGGAUACACUUUUCUGCCAAGGAUAUCCUACGAAUGGUGAAAGAAUUACAAGCCACAGAUAAAGACGAUGAGUCCAAUAUUUUAAAAAAUUCGGAAAUGACAAAAACAAUAUCCCCUGCAACCAAUUAGUUACAAACAAAUCAAUGCGAUGUUUUAUGUUAUUAUGCAUCUAGAUAAUUAUCAAUAUUUACUAUCACUGUGAAACUAUCUAUUCUGUAAAUUUAUGUUCAUUUCAAUAAGU